GGACCUGCGCAGCCCCUUCCCCCUGGAAAGCAGCGGCAUCUGGAAGGGAGGAGAAGAGAGCAGCGAGAAGGAAAAAGAAGCGCAGCGAAGACGCGAGUAUAGCUUACAUGGGGAGGAAGAAGCAAUUUCCUGUGUGAAGCCAUCUCAUUGGCUCAGAGAGCGGCCUGCCUUCUGAUUGGUCAGUUAGGGGAGACACCCAAAAUGGAUGUGCACCACCAUGGGUUUACCCACAAACCCUAGCUGAUGUGGAGCACCAAUUGCUGAUCCCUACACUGCAACUUACACCAGUCGACGACUGCUCUCAUAUCAGUGGACUCCUUUGCCGGGAUGAUGUCAGUAGAUGUGGCCAAUAGGAAUAGCCCUCCAGUUGCCCCGCCCAACUCCCUCAGCCUUCGCUCCUCCCACAACCAGCUGCUGAGUGGUGAUGUUAUCAAGCAGGGCUCGGACACGCCCCCCAAGUGUCGUAAGAAGUACGCCCUGACCAGUAUCCAAAGCGCCAUGGGGCUUGUCGAAGGAAUGCCCCCAUCCUCGUUGUCAUCGUCGCCGCCAGUGUCAUCCACUCCGAACAACCCCAAGCUGGCAAAGAACGGCGUCAACCAGCAGCGCAAGGCGGCCGAGCGUCAGGACCACAACAGGAACACCACCGACUCGGACUCAGACUCCAACUCGUCCACAGACGACCGCAACACCAACGCAGAUCACCGCAGGCAGACCCUGACCAACAACGACUGGGAUGACGUCGUCCCCACACCCGGCCCCGGCCUCGACCUCGACGCAAAAACGUUGGAGGUCCUCAACCUGAAAAGCAACGCCGACGUCAGUUUGGACCGUGACACGAACGUGGCGGAGACGGAUGACAGCGAUGACAUCAGCAUCCUGUCUGAGAAGGAAGCCCUGGGGAAGAUGACGGUGGAGGAUGAGGAAGAGGGGCAGGAUGAGAAGAGCCCCCUGCUGAUGAAGGACAACAGUCUCCUCGAGAACAAGAGAGAAGCUCCAGGUCAGGGGCUCAUCUCGGACCUCCUCCCCAGCAUCAAGCUCCUCCAAUCAGGCAGGGACUCUCCCCUGCUGCCUCCACCUCCAUCCCCCCCCAGACAGCCCAGCCCGGAGGACACACCCCUCCUCUCGGUGGCCUCCACUUCCUCCUCGUCCUCCUCCUCUCCGGAAACAAAGAAGGACAGGCGGACGGGAGCCAAGACGGACUGUGCUCUCAACCGCAUCCAGAACCUCAACCCCAGCGAUGAGGAGUCUAGCUGGACCACACUGUCUCAGGAGAGCAACUCACCUGAGGAUACAGAUAUCUGGAGUGAGCAGUCGUUCCAGACGGACCCCGAUCUGCCGCCAGGAUGGAAGAAGAUCACGGACAUGGCGGGCAUCUACUACUGGCACAUCCCCACGGGCACCACCCAGUGGGAGAGGCCGGCAGCACGCCAGCCUGCACCCACAGACCAGAGCCUGGCGCUGGGCACCACGCCGCGCAAACACUCUCUGAUCUCCCUCACCCCCUCGCCCACACCUGACCAUGAGUCUUCCCAGGCCGAGGUGUUUUUCGGCGCGUCCUCUCGCUCCGGCAGCACCACCUCCUCCGACAGCUCCGUGGAGCCUCUGCUGGCCUCCGCCCACGACACCAUCCCCUCCUGCGGAUUCGUCAACAGCUGCUACCUCCCUCGCUCCUCCUCUCCUCAGGGGAUGACCGACCAGGACAGUCACCCUGAACACCACAAAGACGAAAACAAGCAGACGUGGAGUGAUUUUGGCGGAAAGAUUGAUAGUGAGGUUUGGAAGGACCUGCAGGCGGCAACGGUGAACUCUGACCCCAGCCUGAAGGAGUUCGAGGGAGCCACGCUGCGCUACGCUUCGCUCAAACUGCGAAACCCCCUCCCAGCAGAAGAGGAGGAGUCCAGCAGUGUCAACAGCAACCCUGAGGUCAAGUGUUUUGCCGUGCGCUCCCUGGGCUGGGUGGAGAUGGCCGAGGACGACCUGGCUCCGGGGAAGAGCAGCGUUGCCGUCAACAACUGCAUCCGCCAGCUCUCCUACUGCAAGAAUGACAUCAGAGACACCGUCGGGAUCUGGGGCGAGGGUAAGGACAUGUACCUGCUAUUGGAAAACAACAUGUUGAACCUGGUCGACCCCAUGGACCGCAGCGUUCUCCACUCCCAGCCAAUCGCAAGCAUCCGCGUCUGGGGCGUCGGCCGUGACAACGGCAGAGAUUUUGCGUACGUGGCGAGGGACAAAGACACGCGGAUCCUGAAAUGUCAUGUGUUCCGCUGUGACACGCCAGCCAAAGCCAUCGCCACCAGCCUGCACGAGAUCUGCUCCCGGAUCAUGACAGAGCGUAAGAAUGCCAAAGCCGUGGCGGCGGGUUCUCUCCAGGACAGGAUUCAGGCUGGACUAGACCUCCCCCUCCAAGCAGAGUUCCCCACCCCAAAGACGGAGCUGGUCCAGAGGUUUCAGGUGUUUUACCUGGGCGUCAUGCCUGUAGCCAGACCCAUAGGAAUGGACAUCCUGAACGGAGCCAUAGACAGCCUGGUGGGCUCGUCCAGUAGAGAGGACUGGGCCCAGGUGGCCCUCAACGUGGCCGACGCCACCGUCACUAUCAGCAAGGAGAAGGAGGAAGAGGAAGUGCUGGUGGAGUGCCGCGUGCGCUUCCUGUCCUUCAUGGGCGUGGGCCAGGACGUGCAUACGUUCGCCUUCAUCAUGGACGCCGGCGGGCAGCACUACGACUGCCACGUGUUGUGGUGCGAGCCCAACGCCGGCAGUGUGUCGGAGGCCGUCCAGGCCGCGUGCAUGCUGAGGUACCAGAAGUGUCUGGUGGCCCGGCCCCCCUCCCAGAAGGCCUGUGGCUCCGCCCCCCAGGGAGACUCUGUGUCUCGCCGUGUCUCCACCAGCGUGAAGCGCGGCGUCCUCUCGCUCAUCGACACCCUCAAGCAGAAGAGACCCGUCACCGAGCUUCCCCAGUAACCAUGGAAACACACCGCCUGUCCACUCCCCGCCAACCCCCCCCCCCCCCCGCUCCACCCCCAGGUCACCAUGGAAACAAACAGAAAACAAAAACCCAUAAACACAAUCCGCUAUGGAGUUGCGGUCAAUUUAGUGCCAAAUCGUGUGCUGGAAGUGAAGUAGAAAUUCCAUUUGAAAGUUGGAUUUUUGCACAGAAAGCAAAUGCAAACCCAGUACAUUAGUCAUAUUUCUGAACAUGAAAUCUACUCUAAAAUGUAAAUUCCUUGAAUUAUAACAGAAUUGUAUCUGACAAAUAACAGACCAAAUGAUAAAAACCUAAAUAACUAGGAUGAUAACAAUGUGACUGUAUAUAUCAAAACAAAAACCACAAAGGAAGUAUAACUGUAAAAACAGGAAGUGGUUGAAAGAAAGUUUGGCUUCCGAAACUCUUAUUCCUGCCCUGAUGACCCCUACUGUCUCUGCCUCUGUGUCCCUCCAGCAUGAACUCACACACUCGGCCACACCCCUCUCACUCACCUGCGGAUGUGUCUCAAUACUAUUUCCCGGCCUCCUCACCUUUUCUCCUCUCUGCAAACUGCGCUCCCUCAUUUGCUCAUUAGCAAAAGUGUCUCUAAGGCAGUAUGGCUUUUAUCUACACAGACCAGUGCUGUAUGAAGGACGGGUCACAGGGAGAGGAGAAUACAUGCAAGCAUUGAGACGCACCCUGUGGCCACACCUUCUUUCGUGUACUAUGUCCUAUCCUGCAUGGCUCCAUUGUGUGUGACUGUGGAACUCCUGACUAAAGUAAUGCAUCGCUGCUGCCUCCAACAGAGAGACGGAAAGAAAGCGAGAAAUCAUCAAUAUAUUUUUGCCUUUGUUUCUUUUCCAUUUUUUAUUUCCUGUCUGCGGAGGUUGACUCACUACUGCCGUACCACACUCGAUUGGUCAGGUCUGAGUUUGCUGGUAAAUGUCAACUAGUCCGGUCUGGGUGACCUAAACGAGAGGUGACCUUUCACCUGGAACAUGAUUGUGUCACAUCCUGUUUACUUUUCCUUUCCUGCUUUCGUCUUGCCUGGCAGGAAAAUGACAGACAACAGCCAUAACUGAAGGAGAAGCCUGAGGGAUGGACAAAAUAUAAUCUCUGCCUCCCCUCCUCUUGCCUAGUGAUGAAAGACACCAAGAGAGAGACACAGACACACAGCUGAAUAUGCUGCUCUGAGAGACACCCAGGAGGACCAUUGACUGAAAGAAAUGUUGUGUCUUCCAUUACACCCAGGAUCACAGCUCAUUCAGCCAAGAACCUCUAUCUCUCACACACACACACACACACACACACACACACACACACACACACACACACUCACACAUACACAUUCAGAACAGCCACUAUCAAACUAGCAUGUCUUGUGGUCACUAUAAAAAGGGGCAGUUGAUUCAAUGAGAAGUGGAUGAAUGUUUUUAUACUUUCGAGCUGGUUUGUUGCUUUUUUUUUAUGCAGCUGAACUCUAAACAUCGACCUUUGAACUAGACAAGAUGGGAAAUUUGGGAAUGCAAGUGACCAUGGCCUCUGUGCCAUCUUCAACACAACACUUCCUAAUGCCAUGUUGACCAAGAACGUUAGUGGAUGCUGCUAUAUAUUCUCCUGAGUUCGGUCACUUUGUCUUCCAUCACCUGCUCUCUUCUGUACGGCCACCAACGCCACUUUGAUUACCUACUUUGGUGUGUUUUAGGUGGCAUCCUUGUAUCUAAUUUCAAUUGAACCCCCAGCUGACCCCCCUGUUCAGCGUGGAUUGGUCAGUUCUUAACAAUAUGGCGAUUGGCUCUCUGAUAGGCUACACAGGGGCAAGAGGAAGAAUUUAACAUCUUUGAAAAUAUAGUUCAACCACAAAGCCUUCUUUUGUCACAGGAUGUAGAAAUGUGAAUGAAAACGACAAGUCAGUGUGUAUAUCUAUAUAAUAUAUCAUUUUUAUCACCUUAUAAGCUAUCUUUUCAUUUUCAGUGUGUGCAGUUUUAUAUUGUUUCCUUCAUAAAAAAACGCCUUUGUUGAACACACGAAAAGGGCCAAAGUGUAAAAUAUAAAUGUUUGUUGUAGAUACAAAAAUAAAGAAAAAAUAAAGAGAGAAAAUAUCAGAAAAUAAGAAUGGAUUAAACAGAAUCGUUUUGAGUUUAUUUUGGUUGUCAAACAAGAUCAGUUUAUACGUUUAUAGAAGUCUACCAAUCGAUUAUCUUUGCAUAUUUUUUUGGCCUGGCUGUAAAUUGAUAGAAAUGUCAACCCAAAAAGCCUUGCAUGCCCUUGGAGACAUUCGAGAAGAAGACUGUAUGUACUGAACAGAAAUAU